CUCUCUCUCUCUCUCUCUCUCUCUCUCUCUCUCUCUCUCUCUCUCUCUCAGCUACCCGGCAGUCUGUGACUUCCUACAACACAACAACUUAUUGUCCGUCAUUCGCGCACAUGAGGCACAGGAUGCGGGGUACCGCAUGUACAGAAAGAGCCAGACCACCGGCUUCCCCUCAUUAAUCACCAUCUUCUCGGCGCCCAACUACUAGACGUUUACAACAACAAAGCGGCGGUCCUGAAGUACGAGAACAACGUGAUGAACAUCCGGCAGUUCAACUGCUCCCCCCACCCCUACUGGCUGCCCAACUUCAUGGACGUCUUCACCUGGUCCCUACCCUUCGUGGGCGAGAAGGUCACUGAGAUGCUGGUAAACGUUCUCAGCAUCUGCUCCAGCGACGAGCUCACCACCGACGAGGAGCUGGACGGACAGCUAAUAUAUGCCCCAAAGAAAGUUGCCACAGCCUCCGCCCGUAAGGAGGUCAUCCGCAACAAGAUCCGCGCCAUCGGGAAGAUGGCACGCGUGUUCUCUGUGCUCAGGGAGGAGAGCGAGAGCGUGCUGACCCUGAAGGGGCUGACCCCCACGGGCAUGCUGCCCAGUGGGGUGCUCUCCGGGGGCAAGGAGAAGCUGCAGAACGCUACUAUAGAGGCUAUAGAGGCGGACGAAGCCAUCAAGGGCUUCUCCCCGCAGCACAAGAUCACAAGCUUCGAGGAGGCCAAGGGGCUGGACCGCAUCAACGAGCGCAUGCCGCCGCGCCGCGACACGCUGCCGUCGGACGCAAGCCUCAACGAGCUCAACAAGGCGCUGUCCUCGGAGACCAACGGCACGGACGACACGGGAGACUCCAGCGGAGGUGGAGGGGGAGACGGGGGCGGAGGCGAGGGCGGUGGUGGUGGUGGUGGUGGUGGUGGUGGUGGUGGUGGGGGAGACGUCGUCGAUGGCGCCGAAGGCGAGGGAGUUGCAAACAUCCAGUGAAGCGGGAGGAGGGAGGGGUCCCCCGAGAACGCCACGACCCAAUCCCCACCGCCCCCAUCCCCCACCCGCCCCCCCACAGGGCCAUCCCCGCAUUGAAGCCCCUUUUAUCUGACCCCCCACCCCACCCCGCAGGGCAGAGACAGGCAGAGUGGGGGUGAGGGGUGUGGAGACGGUGGGGACAGGGGGGGGGGGGGUUAAAGUUUGUCUGUGGGAAGGGGGGGGGAGCUUGUUGCACAUGUUGUGCUCACAUCUCACUUUGCUUGUUUUUCGUUUUUUUUGUUUCGUUUUUUUACAUGCCUUUUUGAAACAUUAGUUCCUUGUCAAUUCUAAGUUAUUGCUGGGCCCGAGCUCAGUGCAGUCCGGGGCCCCGAGCUCAGUGCAGUCCGGGGCCCCGAGCAAAGCGCUACAGGUCUUUAUUAGCUCAGUGCUAACUUAAGAGGGGUGUGUCAGAGGGGGAGAGGAGCCUAUGGGGGGGAUUAGAUCUGUUUGUGUUUGUGAUUCUUUUCUCCGAGAGACCCUUUCUCAUUUACACCGAAACACUUGGAAAACAUGUUUAACUUCUUACUAACUAUCGUACGUUUACAAAAAUACAGCACUAAGAAAGGACAGACGUGAGAUGUUUUUAAACAUAUAAGGGUGUACAAACUAAAUAAGGACUAUUUAUUGAUGAUUUCCUUUUUGCUACUCGUAUAAAAUAGCUCUGAGAUGAAUUAGGCAGUCUUAAAAAGAAGAAUGUUGCAACAUUGUUGAAAUGCCAAAUACUAGAUUGUCUAUGGUUUUGUACAGAUUAUGCUUACCUCAGGUUCUUUGGUGUGUGCUAUGACCUGAAUUGUCUGUAUAAUGGCUAAUUAACUUGGUAAUGAAUACCUAUUUUCUUGAGUUUCAUAACUGGAAUUUACAUUUUACCUAUCAUUUGCAAAUAUUUGUAUUAUUUGUCUUUAUUUGAGAGAGGUGGGGGGGGGGUAGAAUUAUCGUGGCUUGCUGGAAUUAUGGAUUGUUUAUUUUAUCUUUAUAAGUAUUGCGAACAAAGUAAAAAAAAACAAAAAAAACAGAGAACCUAUAUUAUGUAUAAAAAAAAAUACAAUACAGUGUCUGCCUAUGCAUGUUUUUUAAAAUCGGAUAACGAAGUGGGAUGUCUGGUUUCCAUGGCUGCUGAGGCCUAUUUUCAAAUAUACCGCGCUUUAGUGAACAUGUACUGGAAUCCUAUACCUGCAUCCUCUCAAUACACACAGUGAUGCCCUACGCCUUCAACUGGUUUUGUAUUGAAGCAUUUAACUACGAAAUGGAUGAGAACGAUUUUUAAUCUCUUGCGCGCUUGUUAGUGCACACACAGUCCAAUUAAGCAUGUUUGACGGUUCUUGUGAGGUGUGUGUGUGUGUCUGUGUGUGCGUGUGCGUGUGGUGACAUACAUGUGGAAUUAAAAAAUGCAUGAUAGCAGUUAGUCAUGUAAUGGGUUAAUCCGUUUUUGUUCCGUUUUUGUAAAUGUGCCACAGAAAGUGAAAAAUUAUUAUUAUUAUUUCAAACUCUGCUUUGUAUAUGAGUUACAGGUUUGAUACUGCUCAGUACUUUAAGACGAAACAAAAAAAAUCUUCUAAUCUUUUUUAAGGACUGCUUAAGUGCCCAAGUAAUUCACUACACGACAGGACGCCUUGCUUUUGUAAUUAAACCUUUAAAACUGUUGGCAGACGAGGCAUGCACUUGCAACUAUGAAAAGUAUUUUAUAUAAAUGUUCAAUAAAAUGUGCAUGAAUUUCAACUUGAA